UACUCCAGUGGGACAAAAUGAGCACGGACAGAGUGCGUCGUAACAGCAGCUGAAGAGCAUUUGUCUUCAGUACAGUCUUCAUUUUUUGUUCUUCAUGAUGGAGGAAGACCCGAAUCCAGUUGCAGAGGAAUCAUCGCCAAAUGGCAUGGCCGGAGAAGCAGAUGGAGAAGAGAGAGACCCGGGAAGCAUUUCACUGAAGCAGCCACUGCUCAAGAGACACAGGACACUCUCUUCAAAUCCUCUUGCCAUGGUUGGAGCUAAAGUUGCACAUAUAGAGAGCUUGGACUAUGAGAUCAAUGAGAAUGAUCUGUUCAAGCAUGAUUGGAGAAGCAGAUCCAAAGUGCAAGUGUUGCAGUACAUCUUCUUGAAGUGGACACUGGCUUUUCUAGUUGGACUCCUCACCGGAAUCAUCGCCACGCUCAUCAAUCUUGCUGUGGAGAACAUUGCCGGAUACAAACUUCUCGCGGUGGUUCAUUUCAUAGAGAAGGAAAGAUACUUAACCGGGUUCCUUUUGUUCACCGGGACCAAUUUCAUAUUGACUCUGUUCGCUGCUGUUCUGUGCGUGUGUUUUGCUCCAACGGCAGCAGGGCCGGGUAUACCAGAGAUUAAAGCUUAUCUCAAUGGCGUCGACACUCCCAACAUGUUCGGUGCCUCAACGCUGAUUGUCAAGAUUGUCGGAAGCAUCGGAGCAGUAUCUGCAGGCCUUGAUCUAGGCAAAGAAGGACCUCUGGUGCACAUUGGCAGCUGCAUCGCGUCCUUGCUCGGACAAGGCGGCCCUGAUGAUUACCGUCUCAGGUGGCGUUGGCUUCGCUACUUCAACAACGACCGGGACAGGAGGGAUCUUAUCACCUGCGGUGCAUCAUCAGGCGUUUGUGCGGCGUUCAGGGCUCCAGUGGGUGGGGUGCUCUUCUCUCUCGAAGAGGUGGCCACAUGGUGGAGGAGUGCCCUUCUGUGGAGGACAUUCUUCAGCACUGCCAUUGUGGCAGUGGUUCUUAGGGCCUUCAUCGAGUACUGCAACACCGGUAGUUGUGGUCUGUUCGGACAGGGAGGACUCAUCAUGUUCGACGUGAGCAAUGUUACUGUGAGGUACCAUGUGAUGGACAUCAUCCCCGUGACUGUGAUCGGCAUCAUUGGGGGAGUUCUGGGAAGCCUCUACAACUAUGUCCUCCACAAAGUUCUCAGGCUCUACAGUAUGAUCAAUCAGAAGGGAAGAAUACAUAAACUUCUGCUGAGCCUGAUGGUCUCUUUGUUCACCUCAAUCUGCCUGUAUGGCCUGCCUUUCCUAGCCAAAUGCACGAAGUGUGACCCCUCCCUCAUGGAUUCUGUCUGUCCCACCACUGGACGGUCGGGCAACUUCAAGCAAUUCAACUGCCCCGACGGGUACUACAAUGACCUGGCCACUCUGCUCCUCACAACUAACGACGAUGCCGUUCGGAACAUCUUUUCCACAAACACUCCGAGCGAAUACCACGCUAUGUCUCUUCUCAUCUUCUUUGCGCUGUAUUGGAUUUUAGGCGUCUUUACCUUUGGAAUUGCCGUGCCAUCAGGUCUCUUCCUCCCCAUCAUUCUUAUAGGCUCCGCCUAUGGCCGUUUGCUUGGAAUGGCCAUGGGCUCCUAUACAAACAUCGAUCAGGGUCUUUACGCUGUCCUCGGUGCAGCCUCUCUCAUGUCAGGCUCGAUGAGGAUGACCGUCUCGCUUUGCGUGAUAUUCCUCGAGCUGACCAACAAUCUUCUCUUAUUACCGAUAACUAUGAUUGUCCUCCUCAUAUCCAAAACAGUUGGAGACAGUUUCAACCCGAGCAUCUACGAGAUCAUACUAGAAUUAAAAGGAUUACCUUUUCUGGACGCCAAUCCUGAGCCAUGGAUGAGAAAUCUCACCGUUGGUGAGCUUGCCGAUGCGAAGCCAGCACUAGUCACCCUCUGUGGUGUGGAGAAGGUGUCCCGCAUAGUGGAAGUUCUGAAAAACACAGUGCACAAUGGCUUUCCUGUCGUCGACGAAGGGGUGUUGCCUCCAGCAGGACUCGCCACCAGGGCGAUGGAACUUCAUGGAUUGAUCCUUAGAGCGCAUUUGGUCCAAGUGAUCAAGAAGAAGUGGUUCCUACAAGAGAGGAGGAGAACGGAGGAUUGGGAAGUGAGGGAGAUGUUUUCCUGGAUCGAUUUGGCAGAGAGGGAAGGGAAGAUCGAAGAGGUAGCUGUGACAAGGGAUGAGAUGGAGAUGUAUGUAGAUCUGCAUCCCUUCACGAACACGACUCCUUACACAGUGGUGGAGAGCAUGUCGGUCGCAAAAGCCAUGGUGCUCUUCAGACAAGUGGGGCUGCGACACAUGUUGAUCGUACCAAAGUAUCAAGCAGCUGGGGUGUCUCCGGUGGUUGGGAUCUUGUCGAGGCAGGAUUUGAGGGCCUACAACAUUCUCGCCGCCUUUCCUCACCUGGCGAAAUCCAAGGGCAGAGAAGGGGAGCAUUGAGUCCCCAUCCAGAUGAAGCAGCUCCGAAUUCCCAGUGGAAAGAGACUUCAGAAGAUUGAUAUUCUCAGAGCAACAACCGAUAUUUUCAAUUUCAUAUUCUUUGGUCAGGCUUGAAAGAAGAUAGAGAGGGAGAGAUAUGGCGAGGCUGUAAAAUUUUCAAUCAAUUAAUAAAUUAUUCUUUCGCAACUCUUUUUCCCU